AUGGCCUCUGGAGUACAGUCGGUGCGAUUGUGCCUACGGGCUUUCCGACACCCUCCAACUCCUCGAAAAGUUGCCCCGCGAAUACCACCAAUAUACGUUCCGGCCCGAGCCUUAUCCUCAACACCUAUACGAUGGAGUCGCGCAUCUAAGCGGGAAGAGGAUGAGCUCGAGGAAGACGAGGAAGACGAUGGCAGCGUAUCCGUCGCUGAAAUGGAAAGAUCUCUUCGUGCUGCGUUAAGAGACCCCGAAUUUGAAGCGUCGACGCGGAUCCAAGAACAAAUGUUAAAUAAUGCCAAUGCUAUCAUGUCGAAUGCGCAAAGAGUACCCAAGCUCAAAAGACCUUUCUGGCAUGACGAGGAGGAAGAUACCGACUUGAUUACGGACGAGCGGAACGAGGACGAAUUCGACGAGGAUGAUAUUAUGAGCAUGGCGCACGGCAAGUUGGAAGAGUACCGCGAGCAGAGAGAAUAUGCUCGCAUUGCUGCUUGGGAGAUGCCUCUUCUAUCUAAGCUGGCACGGCCCUUCGAACCACCCACAGCUCAGGAACCCUUGCGAUUCCGAUACACGAGUUAUAUGGGUGAAUUCCACCCCGCGGAAAAUAAAGUGGUUCUUGAAUUCUCGCCUAAAGAUAUGCCACUGGACGAGGCCCAGCAACUAAAACUAAAGAAGUUAUUGGGCCCCCGCUACAAUCCAGAAACGGAUAUAGCCAAGAUGAGCUGCGAGCAGUUCGAACACCAGGCGCAGAAUAAGCGAUAUCUUGGUGACUUAGUUGAGAGUUUAAUCGCGCGAGCAAAGGACCCCUCCGACAUGUUUGAGGACAUUCCUCUCGAUACGAGACAUCACCCAAUUAAGAUCAAGCCCAAAUUCCCAAGGGAAUGGAGGAUGACUGAAGAGCGGAUGAAAUUUCUCGAAGAAACGAGGCAGAAGUCACUAUUACUCGAUCAGACGAAAGAAGAAGCCGGCGCAUUGAUUGAUGGUAAAGAGAAGAUCGAACAAUUCUUCGAUGUCCCUAAACCUCAAGUUAGAGUUCCUGAGUAUGCCCGGGCGCAGCUAAAUGAAUUCUCACCACUAGGUAGAAUAGCGCAGCCUAGGCGGGUUUGA